UCUGUGCUGCCCAGAUGCCUGAAGGAGCCUGGUGGAGAGCGCAGGUGAUGGGUUACCAUGAAGAAACCAUGGUGGAACUCCGCUAUGUGGACUAUGGAGGCUAUGACAUAGUGAAGAUGGACACACUCCGCCAGAUCAGAUCUGACUUCGUUGCGUUGCCGUUCCAAGGGUCUGAGGUGAUCCUGGAAAAUAUUGCACCCAUUCCAGGAGAAGAUUUUUCAGCUGCAGCCAAAUCUACCCUGGAGGAGAUGACACGAGGAUUGGCACUACUUGCACAGUUGGUGUCUGUGAACCGUGCUAUGGUGGAAAAUGGACUGUGCAGCUGGGUAGACAGCCCCUGA